AUUGCAAACCACUUCGCCAACUCGUAAUCCAAGCCACGGCCCGAAGCCACCCCAUCUCCGCCCCAGGAAACCGACGACAACCAAGCCGGUCGACCGAUGGACACCGCAACACCGACGACCGAGCAGACGCCGACGCCACUGCCUAGCAUCAUCCAAGCGAUCCGCAGCCACGCAACCUCCGGCGGCAUCUUUGGCUCCUUCAUCAACUUCUACCAGGGCGCCACCAACUCGCCGGGCGCGCAGCCGCCUAGCAUCAUCCAAGCGGUCCGCAGCCACGCAACCUCCGGCGCCAUCUUUGGCUCCUUCAUCAACUUCUACCAGGGCGCCACCAACUCGCCGGGCGGGAGCAGCCUCUCCGGCGGGGUUCUCGCAGUCCCCAGGAACGCGCUCAGAAUCGGCAGCUUUGCGGCCUGGUAUGGCGUCGCCAAAUCGGUUAGGUGCGCCGUGGCCCCGGACUACCCCUUUGAAACCACGGUCGCCUUGGGCGCCACCAACGCCCUCUUCUCCAUGCGUCACGGGACGCGCGCCGCCGCCCGCUCUGGGAUCAGAGGUGCCGUCGCCGGCAUGGUCGUCGACAUGGCCGAAUAUAGCUGUAAGCGCUGCCUUGCCUCACGGCCACGACGGGCAGACAACAAUCGCUGCAUCCCUUCCGAGUCGGCUGCUUGCCCGGCCGGGAUUCCCGCCGCCAUACACCGAUGUCUCUGUCCGUGUCUGCGAUGAUCGGUGCUAGUAUUAGUUUGUGUGUUACUUUCCUUACUUAUCAAGCUGUUAAGGCAUCGGCGCAAGUAGCUAGGUAACAGGUGUUCCAAUGAAAAAAAUUACAGUAUGU